AUGUCUACAAUUCCACAACCCCCGUAUUCGCCAGACAUUGCUCCAUGUGACUUCUGGCUGUUUCCAAAUUUAAAACUUGGACUCAAAGGUGAACGUUUUGCGACAAUUGAAGACAUUAAAGUUAACGCAACAGCAAAUCUCAGGGCCAUUCCAAUAGAGGGAUACCAAAGAUGUUUCCAGCAGUUACAAAGUCGUUGGAGUAAGUGUGUCUGUGCUGAAGGACGAUAUUUUGAAGGAGAUUAA